GAACAGGUGGAGCUUCCCUCACCUACAGGAAAGGAGCCAGAGGGAGGACUGGGCUUGCUGGAGGCAGAGUCGUCAGGCUGAGAGGGACUCCCAGAGGGUCCCAGCACAGAGCAGCACUCACUAUGCUGUGCUGCCUCACCCUGCUUCUCCUGAUGGGGCUGUCUGCAUGCACUGCGGCAGGUGACGAGGAACGGGCACUCAGCACUGAAGCAGGGUCUUUGGUAACCAUGACCCUGGAGGAAGGUGUGGUCCCCAGCAUUCAGCUCCAGCUUCAGGAGGUGAAGAGGGGCAAAGCGAGCCAGUUCUUUGGGCUGAUGGGGAAACAGGUAGGAGGAAUACCUCCUAUCCAGCCAGAGAGAAAAGCGGUGAGGACAGAAGGUCCCAGACCUCUUGCAGGGGAGAGGACCACCUACAGAACAUAGAUGGGAGCAUCUAGUGGACGGCAAGGGCAUCAUGAGAAAGUGCCCAGGUACUUUGCUGCCAGUCUCCAGGAUGGGGGCCAGACAGCAGGCAGAGGCCCCACAGAAGAAAGCAGUCGAGGUACAGGGAAGUGGUCCUUUUGAUGAUCCAAGCCUUAAACAGCUGCAGCCCUGCAACUGCACCCUCUCCAUCCCUCACACCCCCAGGUACACUCUGCUCCCCUCUCCGGGCCAGCUGAAGCCACAGAUAAUGAGGUUUUCCAGAUCCUGGAGCACCCCCCUUAUUCCCUCUCAUUAGAAAGUCGUGCCUUUAGUUUUUUAUUUUCUGUCUUCAGUAAUCGUAAAGAAGUGAAAACCGCCCAGGAAGAGUAACACCCCAAGCAGUUAUCAGCCAACACCACACCUCAAAUAGGGUCCAUGGGGAAAAUGUCAAAAGCUCAAGCCAGCCAACACGAGGAAGGGGGGCAUAGGAGGUGGGGGGCGGGCGUCCCAGCCUGUCAGAGAUCCUGAGCUCCAGUCUGCCUUCCCACGGAGCUGCAAACUUUGGCCCCCGCCCCUCAUUUUCCUGAUAGAACACCUACUCCUUCCAACAUAGGCUCUUGGGAAUAAAGGGCAAGUCCUCUAUUUUCUCCCGGGAGUUUUUCCAAAGUGUUUGAGCCAUUCCAUUUGAGGGACCAUGGCAGUCACCCCAGUACCAAAAUGGAAAUGUCCCUCCAUGCAGUGUGGACAGGAAGCUUAGAAGUCAUUUUUCAGAGAUGAAAAGCAACUUGCCCAGUCAGUGCGCUAACAGAGCCAGGACUAAAAGCUGUCUCCUGUUUCCUAGUCCACGGUACUUUCCACAUUCCCAGGAGGGCUUUUGGGAUUUUGAAUCCUGGAUUACCACUUCCCUUCCUUUAGAGAAUAACUGAGGGUUGGCCCUGUCCAUGCUCUGGAGGUGUGCACGAUUGAAUAAUGGAAGAUAUGGCAGAUGAGCCUGUAAUUUGAUUGUCCUAGAUAUCUACAGUCAGAGAAACAUGAGUCAGGGAAACGGAGGGCCCUUGAGUGGGUGACGAGGGAAGGUUUCCAAUGGGCGGAGGAGCCAGGCAAGGCUCUCCUAACCACCAUCCAUGUCCUUUUCUCAGGGAGAGCGGAUGAGGACCACGGGUCAGAGUGAGAGCCCCCACAGCACACUUCCCAGAGGAUGAAACCCCUUCUCCAUACCUGGAUGUUACAGCUGGCCAGUCGGCCAGGCCAACUCUUCUCCAUGUGUCCUGUGCUCAGCAUUGGGGUGUCCCACCAGGCCCACACUGAACACAGUGGGGUUCCUUCCAGGACUCUGGGUCUCAAGCAGCGGUUGUCCAUAAAUGUGCACUGUUGUCCCAUUCGCAAGCUGGGGUGGUGACCUUGCCCUCCCAAGGCACUCAGGGCUCUUUUAUUUCACUGCAUAGCAGGAUUGAGUCUCACCCACUUCUCUAUCACCUGUGCCCAGAACACAGUAGGGGCUCAAUAAAUGAAUGAAUCGUGAAUAGCGUCUUCUCUGAUACAGGGUAGAGGGCAGGACAUGCCAUGGUUUGGCAUGUUAGCAGACCAGGCCUUUUCCAGAAUUGCCAAGGGGAAAUACUAAACAGCCCUGGUCCCUACCCUUGGGUGGGAAAACAGGCUUGGGACAUAGCUAAGGACACCAGUCCCAGCCUGAAAGCAGACACCCUUUUCCUACCCACAAUCAUGAUCUCAAGGAUCCAAAUAGAAUUGGGUCCCAGAUGCUUCAAUUUUCAUGCAUAAGGCAAAUGGCUUUGCUUCUGGGACAGCCAGUCAUUCUUGGGCACUGGGGAGAGCUCCAAAGGAAUUCAAGUUCCCACCCUCAGGGAACCCCCAGUCUGCUGGGGAGACCACUGUCCCCGCUCCAGUGGUUUAUAGGCAGGCAGGGCACAGAGGACCCAGGAUGCUUAGAAAGAGGCACAGCCAGAAUGAAGCCCUAGAGGGCACACUUAGGUAAAAAAAAUCAAGGUUUUGAAAGGAAUGAAAUGGGAGCUUUGUGGGUUCAGCAUUGAAGUUCAUUAACUCACUAGGUUAUGUAACACUUCUCUGUACCUCUCGCCCCAAAAAGGAAAUGGGUUAGAAGUGCUGGGGGUGUCUGAUUUUUUUUGGAGGGGAGGGGACCUAAGCUGUUUACAAGGAAGGGAAGACGGGGAAGGCCUUGGUGGAGAGGGCAGGCCCUUCAUCUGGUGUCAGGGGUUGUAGACAGCAGAGGCCUCAAAGGAGAGGUCAGUGCCGACCCAACCAGCAAGAUCCUUCUAUUGGGUUGUCAGCAA